AUGGCUUCAUUGCAUUUCUGUGCUGAGUGCAAUAACCUUCUAUACCCAGAGGCAGAUCAGACGAAUCAUGUACUCAUGUAUGCGUGCAGAAACUGCCCAUAUCGGACAGAGGCUGCCAAUCCUUUGGUGUUCAGGAACGAUCUAAAGUUGAUCUCUAAGGAACAACCGGGUAUCAUUGAUGAGCUUAUGACGGAUCCAACACUACGUCGUACGCUGGACCUGACAUGUCCCAGUUGCGGCCAUACAGAAGCCGUCAUGUUCCAGGACCAAAGCAAGCGGACAUUCAACAAGAUGAUCUUUUUCUAUGUUUGUUGUUAUUGCAAUCACCUCUUCCAUGAUGAGCCACUAGCCAAGCCCGACGAUGAUAAUGAAUAG